AUGCACGUAGCCUUUUCCAUAAAGAAACAAGAAGCCCGGAUAGCCGCUCUGGAAACCGAAGUGGAACACCUGCAGACGGAGUUGGGAGAAAAUGAAGACGCCGAAAAGAUUGUGAAAAGGCAUAUAAAGCUUCUUCAUCAAUACAACGAAUCAAAGGACGCUGCACAGAUACUUAUCGGAAAGGCACGUUAUAUGACUCGUUCCUGA